CAGGAGAGGCUAGGUGAUCUGAAAGACAACAUGACUGACCUACAGGUGAAUGGAAACGCUGGGCAUUAUCCUCUGGAUGUAGAGGAGGUUGAAGAAGACUCUAGUGCGCAGCUUAACAUGCGUGGAGUUUUUCUGCAUGUUUUUGGAGAUGCCUUAGGUUCGGUAAUUGUGGUAGUGAAUGCCUUGCUCUUUUAUGGGCUGUGGAAUCCGUGUCCCAAAGACGGGCCCUGCUUUAAUCCGUGUGUCAAUAAUCAUUGCAUGGAAAAUGCUACUUUAUCCCAAACACUUGGCAGAGCAAACGAGUCUGAGCAAGAGAGCAUUACAGUGGCUGGUCCAUGCUGGUUACUAUAUUUAGAUCCUGUUCUUUGUCUGAUAAUGGUUUGUAUCCUCCUGUACACAACUUACCCGUUACUUAGGGAGUCGGCCCUUAUACUUCUACAGACUGUUCCCAAACAGAUAGAUGUUCAUUCUCUGAACUCAAAAUUACGUACCCUUGAAGGAGUUGAAGCAGUCCAUGAGUUACACAUUUGGCAGCUGGCAGGCAGUAGGAUCAUUGGCACUGCUCACAUCAAGUGUCCCGACCCUUCCACGUACAUGAUGGUGGCGAAGCGCAUCAAAGAGAUCUUUCAUGAUGAAGGGAUUCAUGCAACUACCAUUCAGCCAGAGUUUGCCAGCGUUGGCUCUGAAUCGGGGAGAGGGAAAUGUGAGUUUCCUUGCAGGACUCAGUGUGCUUUGAAGCAGUGUUGUGGAACGGGAGAAGAUAGUACUGCAAAGAAGACGGAAAAGUCUUCGUCGCUUAGUAUUUCUUGUUCAGAAGUUGUCAUUGAGUUUCCAAAAACUAGGAGGACUAAGUCGGAGAGCAUCCCUUCCGUUAAGCUAGAGGCAAACACCGAUCAGAACGAGCAGUUUGAGUCGUCGUUGUAAGUCCCCGAAUGGUGCUACCUGAGUUUUGGUGACUUUGACAACAGCUGUGUUGCAAGAGGAAGAGACAGACGUUUGAGAUGCAAUUUUGCCAAGUAGUGUAAUUGCUGAAGUCCUUGUUCUUGUCAUAUUGCUAAAUCUAGAAUGCUUGUUUUAAAGAACAUGUCGCUGUCAUGAUACAAUGUGUUUUGUGUUGACUUUGGACUGAGGCAGACAGAAAGUGCACCGAUGCUGUAACAACUUCGGAAAACCAGUUUCAACAUUUCAGCAGAAACACUUUUCCUGUGCUUCAAAUGAAAAUAUUUUUUUUCCAGUGAAAAGAUAUUUGAGGGAUAAGCAUGUAGGAACUCAAUUUGUGUUACAGAUUUUUUUGGACCUACUCUUUAAUAUUUGAUUUGUAGAUAUUUUAAUAUAUUGUUUAUUUAGAAACCCUAAGGAAACCAAAGCUCAUAGAACAUUUUUAAAGAUAUAACUACUUAAAACUGGAAACCACUUUGCCGUUUCACAUAUUUUUCUUAAAUCUAUAUAAUAAUAAAUGUGAAGGCUUUUCUAAUGAAUAUAUCAUAUAGCGUAUUUUAAAGAGAACAUCGUAUGAUUAUUAGAAACUGUACCCAGUUUAUCUGGUAAGAUAGUGAGGUAGUUAAAAUCAACUGCUUGGGAAAAUAUCAGAUGUGAAAGGUUUUGGUUUUGUUUUUUUUUCUAUCAAAAUGGAAGUUCAAGCUCCUGUGUACUGCUCUGUGAUCAAGACAUGAGACUGACCGGUAAAGUAACACGUACUUU